AUGCUCUUCCGUCCUUUCUCCUGGGUAGCGAGCCCUCGGGCUCCUCCAUCGACGUAUCACAGCGUCGAGACUGAUCACAAAGAUACAGCUCCGACGACCUCGAUUGACAAAAGGACGACAUCCAACGCUCUUCCCACAUUGGAAUCUACGCCCAAUGUCCCCUUCCAUGGUACACACACAUUGCCAUCGUCGCUGCGUGUGACACCGACUAUCUCUCAUGUUGCCUCUCCCCGUAGCAAGUGGGGCUCUCUCAACUUGGCUCCCAGUCAAAGCCGUUCUUUUGCCACAUCAUCAGUGGAUGCACCUGUGCAAAUUAAGCCCGCUACUCGUCCCGAGAGUUCUGCGUCUCUUGUCUCUGUGCUAGGUAAGCGAAACCCAUCCGUCCAUCUUGCCGACACAGAGCAUGAAGAACAUGUGACUGAAUCUUCGUCGAGGAAGCGUCGCAUGGUUUGGGACCCUGAAAUGGGCUUUGUCGACGUAGAGGACCUGGCCGCUCGCCGUCCUCCGGCGCCUCCACCCCAAAAUGAAGCCGAGCGCAUCCUGCGGGCAUUGGAGAGUAUGCGCACGCCGUUGGGUGAUGCACGAAGAGAGCGUAUCAUCCGCUCUCAAUCCCGGCCAUCUUGGUCUCUCUCCGCGCCAAUUCCAGUACCGCUGCCGACGCCAGAGCGAGAAAGCAUUCUAGCGCCACCGCGGCCACGGUCUGCGGCUUUUCGAAGCAUUGCGCCUCAUUCCCGAUCGCUUCGACGGUCACAGCUUUUGCGCCAGUCACAGGUGGGACUGCUGCCUAACUUGCGCUCGAAACUGCGGCAAUCAGUACAGUACCAAGAUACCCAGCAGGACUCCAUGGACGAAGCACGUGUCGAUAAUAACUUGAAAGUCACAGAGCCUGAGCAACAUGUGUCCCGCACUACAAAGCGACGUGCUUCGAAAGCCAAGCUUAGUUCUAAAUCCUCCCGCGCAAAACUUCUCAAAGCUGACAAUGAAGUAAUUCCGAAGGCGUCUACGGCCUCUGAUGUGGACGCAGAAACUACAACAGCAGCCUCUUUGCCUGAAACUGACUUGGCUAAGGAAAACAAGGCACCGGCUUUGCAGAAGCGUGAUAAAUUUGAGGUGCGCCCUAAUGAUGAGCCCCUCCCCAAACGUUCUGUGCUGCGCCAAGGCCCUUCUAAAGUAAACCGACGUCACGCACCCUCUGGGCGUAUUACUGCGUUUGAUGAUGACGAAGACGAAGAUGAUGUACCGAUGCCUAGCGGGGAAGAGCUUGCAAAAAUCAAGCUUCCCUCAAGUUUAUUCCCUGAGAAUUUCUCCUUUGGGGAUGCCACGAAGAACCCUGCUUCGUCUCCUCCGAAGCCUCUACUGGAGCGUAUGGAUCCACCCACUACGACACCCGCCAAGGAACCCAAGCCGGGGUCUGUCCGCUUCGAUGCCAAGCCCGAUAUAUCGGCGACGGAGAGGUCAAAUGAAAGCUUACCCCCAAGUUCGUUCUUUGCGUCGGCUCCAGCCAAGUCAGACUCCAUCUCAACGGAAAAAAAAUCGGGCCCUGUACCCGACUUUUUCGGCACAAAGAAACUAGCCCCUGACUCAGACUCUUCUGCACACAGGGAGCAAGCGACAGACACAUCCAUGGGAAAGCCUGCCGGCCCAGACACGAAGAAACGCGAUCGAGAUGAUGAAGAAAGGCCAGCCAAGAAGCCUGCUUCCACUCUCAAUCCAACUGCCCCGUCAUUCUCAAUUGGGAAACCGGCGGAUGUUAAGGAUACCGCCUCACCUUCUUCGUUCUUCCAGGAAACAAGCUCAACGGAGAAGAAACCGACAUUCUCGUUUGGCAUAGCUCCAGAGAAAAAGGAUGCUCCUACAUUUUCUUUUGCCCAGCCGACCCAGAAGAACGAGAGCCAAUCUGCUUUUUCUCUUGGGCAGAUACAGACAAAGCAAGACUCGACGACCGCCUCUUCCGAGCUCACACGCUCUUCAGACGUGAAGGAGACUGCUUGUGCUGCAGCCAACAGUCAGGGUUCUGAAACAGUAAAAGAGAAGCCAGCGUUCUCGUUCAACCAGUCAGCUCCCAGUGCCCAGAAUGAAAAGCCCACAUUUUCUUUUGGAUCGCUUGCACAAAAUAAUGACAAGUCGAGUGUGUCAGUCAGCCAGUCUACUGAGACAAAGGACAAUCAACCUUCUUUCUCGUUCAAUUCGGCCGCAAGCUCGUCGACAUCGAAGCCAUCAUUCUCGUUCGGCCAGGCAUCGGAGACGUCAAAAGUCGACAAACCACUGUUCUCCUUUACUCAACCAGCCGACAAGAAAGAGAGCCAGCCCUUGUUCGGUGAAGCUACUGAAAAGAAGGACAACACUGCAUCUCUCGGUAGUACUGAGAGCACCAAGCCCGCCUUCUCAUUUGCCCAGCCUUCCAAGUCGGACGCAAAGCCUACCUUCUCCUUUGGGUCAGGUUCGGGUCAAGGAACCGACAAAUCCACGAUCGAGCCAUCAGAAUCCAAACCAAAGGAUGAGAAGCCUAAUCCUCCGAUUUUCGGCCCCUCCGAAAAGAAGGACGCACCAACAUUUUCUUUUGGCCAGGCCACGCCUACAUUUGGUGCUUUUGCUGGUCCAAAGAGCAGUCCAUCCUUUUCAUUUGGUCAGAGUACUGAUUCUACGGAAGCAAAGCCCGUGUCUACCUUUUCGUUUGGCCAGUCUCUCAAGCCGACAAGCGACACGCCUUCUUUCUCGUUUGGUCAGUCCUCGGAGAAGAAGGAGGAGAAGUCUGCUGCACCUUCCUUUUCAUUUGGCUCUUCCACACCUAAGAGCGAUGAUGCGAAACCCAAGCCUACCUUCAGCUUCGGAUCUACGAACCCCCCGCAGGCAUUUGGUGCGACUUCUCAAGCUGAGGCCCCGAAGAAUCCUGCUGAAUCAGCAUCAACACCUAAUGCACCGACGAUGUUUGGCCCACCUGCGUCUGUGUCUGGCUCUGGCUCAACUUCACCUGCGCCUGCUUUUACAUUUGGCGCAAUGCCCGCGUCGUCAAACUCCGCUCCAGGAUCCCCGAAACCCUCCAUCUCUUUUGGCGCUCCUGCUCCUACUCAGGCAACGGCACCAGCCCCUACAGUAUCUACGCCUUCAUUUGGCCAACCUGUUGGACCUCCAGCUUCGACCACAUCCUUUUCCUUUGGCGCUCCCAAUCCAAGCUUCUCAUUUGGGGCUUCAGCUCCGGCUGCGCCGGCUGCGCCGACGACAAGUUUCACUUUCGGAAGCGCGCCGCCUUCUGGUGUCUUUCAGUUUGGUGCACCUCAGCCAUCUUCCAGCAAUCCAGUUGCACCUGCGCCUCCUACAACGACGUCAUUCUCGUUUGGAGCCCCUUCUGGUUCUGUACCAAGCUUUACCUUUGGUAAUAUGCCAGCCUCGCCUGCCACAGGGUCUCCUGCGCCUGGCUUUUCAUUUGGAACCCCGCCGCCGAACUCUGGUGAUGGCGGUGGUGGUGGAAUGUUCAACCUCGGCUCGACAACCACACCAGGAGGCAGACCUAUUAAGCCUCUGCGGCAAUCUAGACGACGUAACUAG